AUGACUCCCACAAUAGUGGAGGGCCUAAAACUACGAGGAACAACGAUAAUACCCGGCAUCGAGGGAGACAAGGACAGCUCGAAAGGCAAUGACCCGUCACUCGAUGAUCCCGCGGUCGGCAAUCCCAUUUCUCACGGCCACAUCGUCGAACUAUGGAGGGAAUUGAAGUCGCAGAGCGACGAUGGGGUCAAGUUCACCUUGGAGAACUUGCUAAAAGGAGCGCGCAUCUACGUGCCUCCGCCACCUCCUAAGCCAGAGAAGUCACCCGAAUACAAAGCUCUCAUGGCUCGCCUCCGUCGAGAAGAAGAAGAGCGCCAGUACCAACGAAUGCUGAACCCGCCCCCGCCGGCAGAGACCUUCUCGCAGCGAUUCCCAACGAGCGCAUCGACAAUGGCAUACGGCUUCGCGGAGGUCAACCGGCCCUCCAAGGCAGCCGACUUGGGCGACGACGACGUGACCUACAACGACGUACACAGGCAGUUCAUGCUCGUGCUCAACUUCCUGGUCACCAUCUUCGGGUCGGCGGCGACGCUGUGGAUUUUGGCGCGGUGGUGGAGCACGCCGGCCAGGUUGUUCCUCACCAUGGGCGGCGCCCUCGUCAUAGCAAUCGCGGAGGUGGGACUUUACUCUGCAUACAUAUGGCACCUGUCAGAUGCGAAACAGAAGGACAAGAAGACGCGAGAGGUCAAGGAGGUGGUGCAGACGUGGGUCGUGGGAGCUGACGCUGAUGGUCCUGCGUUGAAGGAGCCGGAUAUGAUUAAAAUUGACGGCAAGAAAUUGCCACUGCAAGGAGAGAACGGCGUGAGAAAAAGGAAAAAGGAGCCUUCCUAA